CCCCCUCACCCCCUGCCCCCCCCGCGCAGGCCAAGUACAAGGCGCGGGAGGCGGCGAUGAAGGCGCAGUCGGAGAAGAAGCACGGCUCGGACAAAGAGGAGCGCGGCAAGCUGCCCGAGUCCCCCAAGACAGCCGAGGAGAUCUGGCAGCAGAGCGUCAUCGGGGACUACCUGGCUCGUUUCAAGAACGACCGGGGGAAGGCGCUGAAGGCGAUGGAGGCCACCUGGAACAACAUGGAGAAGAAGGAGAAGCUGAUGUGGAUCAAGAAGGCGGCGGAGGACCAGAAGCGAUACGAGAGGGAGCUGAGCGAGAUGCGCGCCCCCCCGUGCUCCACCAACUCCGCCAAGAAAAUGAAGUUCCAGGGAGAGCCCAAGAAGCCCCCCAUGAACGGUUACCAGAAGUUCUCCCAGGAGCUGCUGUCCAACGGGGAGCUGAACCACCUGCCGCUGAAGGAGCGCAUGGUGGAGAUCGGCAGCCGCUGGCAGCGCAUCUCGCAGGGCCAGAAGGAGCACUACAAGAAGCUGGCGGAGGAGCAGCAGAAGCAGUACAAGGUGCACCUCGACAUCUGGCUCAAGAGCCUCUCGCCCCAGGAGCGGGCUGCCUACAAGGAGCACACCUCCAACGUGAGUACGCCCCCCCCCCGCG